AUGGAUUCGCCACGCCUGUAUCACAAGCUUCCCUUCCCUGACAGUAUUCGAUUGCUCGAACUGAGCCAGGAUGAAAUGAAAGACUCCAUAUGUGGCCAUCUCGUAUUGUCCAGACUCAAGGAUACUCCAUGCUUCGCAGCACUGUCAUAUGUCUGGGGCUGUGCAUCGUCAGAGGAUCCAAUCCUCAAGGUAGACGGCUUCGAGCUCAAGAUUCGGCAGUCCUUAAAACAUGCCCUCGACGCCCUUUUCUAUGGCUCCAACAAAAUUUUGUUAUGGAUAGAUCAAAUUUGUAUCGACCAAGAGAACUAUAUCGAACGACAGUUUCAAGUUACCCUCAUGUCAAAGAUUUUCAGACAAGCUCAACGAGUAAUAUGCUGGCUAGGUCUUGACGACGAGAAUACCAAAGUCGCCUUUGAUCUAUCAACUGUCUUGGCUAUUAAAGGAUUCGACCUGGAGUCUUGGAAAGAGCCGAUGCAAAGGCUGGUUGAAGCUGGGUUUAUCAGUGAUAUAUCAGAUCUGGUUAAUCCAGCUAGAGUUCCAUUAUCCGCUUUGGCCUGGUUGGUCAAAAAGACUUGGUUUGGCAGACUUUGGAUAGUACAAGAGGUUGCACUCGCAUCAAAGCUUGAGUUUCGAUGUGGUGGCUCAACUAUUGAUGGAGACAUAUUUUUCGCCGCGAUUAGGAGGAUAUCCUCUUCCGUACAUAACCCACCUGCGCCAUUGGUGCUCGAACCAUUUCGACAUGCUAUUAGGUUGGGCCAGCUCAGAGCACAGAUUGCAGAUACUAUAAGCUGUUCAUAUCCACACCUGGCUCAUACGUUCAGUACGUGGGACUGCACAAAAAAUGAAGACCGAUUAAAUGCACUUUUCGGGUUAGCUUUCCCCUACAACUGCGAUUCAACAUGGUUUCAACCACGAUAUGAUCUGACUGGACCGGAGUUAUAUAUCAAAUUUGCAAAGGAUUACAUCAAAGAAACUGGCAACUUGGACAUCCUUCACUUCUCAGGCUGCGGCGAUUCGGAGAAAUAUUCACUCUACUAUAUUGGUGGUAUCCCUGUGCUAGAACCUAGCCCUCCAGCGGAUGAUGUACCGUCAUGGGUGCCUGACUGGCGCGUGCAAUCGCGGCCGCUCGUGCUUCUAUCGGAUCCUGGAUAUGAUGUAAAAUCUCAUUUUACAGCAACCCUGUCGAAAGUGGACUAUUUCUUUGAUGAGAAUGAACACAAACUGCAUGUUCGUGCGCUUCUGGUAGAUGAGAUAGUUGCAUGUGGCUACCCUUACUAUCUGUCCCUAUGUCGAGAUCUUCAGAUCACUGAACAUGGAAUUUUCGAACAAUGGUACGAACUAGCCAAAGACCAUCUGAACAGCGAUACAUUUGAGAAUAUGUUCUCGUCGACCUUGGUCAUGGACGCAAGAAUGAUACUUACUGAACGUGGAGCUCUGAACGUGAACCAAGACGAGAUACCUACUUUAUUCAAAUAUUGGCAGAAAAUGAUGACAGCUGACUCAUUGUUCUAUGAUCCAGAUGAGGCCCUACAGCUGAUCGAAGGCUCUGCACGAUAUGGUUAUGUUGCAGAGGAAGUCUGUCGCAACAGGGCGAUGUUUAUUACAAAAAGAGGUCGUUUAGGGUUGGGCUCAACACACGUCUCUCCGGGUGCGCACAUAUACUUGCUUCAUGGUCUGAAAACACCGUUCGUUGUUUUCAAGACUUCCCAAGGACAUAUACUGCGCGGGGAGUGUUAUGUAAAUGGCCUAAUGGAUCAACAAGUUCAUACUUCAGAAUCAGACAUCUAUAUUGACUUGAUUUAG